CUCUCUCUCUCUGUUUCUUUGUGGUGGCUGGCACUGGCGAAUCAAUUGCUGCCAUCAACGCGCCACAAAGAGCACACCACACCGAGACCGCGCACUGACCGACGCACGCAGUAGUUGUCGUGCUGAGCGACCCCGUGCGCCACUGGUUUACCGUUCGAUCGCCGACCGAUCGAACAAAAAGGGUGUGAGGCACGGGCAGCAGGCUGCCUGCUUUUGACUGUGCACCGUCUCUAGAGUUGACUGUUAGCUAGUGCUGCUGCUGCUGCUGCUGCUGCUGCUUGGAGCUUGUGCGUGGCGUUGCGUUCGAUUCGAUCAUCUGGAUGUCGCUGACGGCGGAGCUGUUCGAUCUACCGGCGCACCAGUUCCGUGUGUUCUGGGACGCGUCGGGAAGCCUGUGGCAGUCGCUGUGGGAUCGUCUGCUCGAUCUCACCGGUGACAAUCCGCUGCUAGUGUGGACCAUCGGUACGUGGCUGUACACGUCCUGCGUGUACUGGGCGCUCGGUACGCUCUACACACUCGCCGACGUCACUGGCCGGCCGGCUUUCCUGCGCCGCUACAAGGUGCAACCGGGCACAAACGAACCGGUCGAACCGGGCCGACUCCGGGCCGUCAUCCGGCAGGUGCUAACGAACCAGCUCGCCACCGGACUGCCGCUCAUGUGCGGCGUCUACUACCUUCUGCCGCUGCAAAGCCGCACCGAGAUACGCCGGCUGCCAACGUUCCUGACCGCGCUCUGGCAGCUGGCCGUGUGCGUGCUGAUCGAGGAGCCACUGUUCUACUACAGCCACCGGUUGCUGCACCACGGGCGCCUCUACCGGUACAUCCACAAGCGGCACCACGAGUGGACGGCCCCGAUCGCCAUCACCGCCAUCUACUGCCACCCGGUCGAGCAUGCGCUCAGCAACCUGUUACCGGUGGCGGUCGGUGUGCUGGCGACCGGGUGUCACAUUUCGGUUGCCUGGCUCUGGUUUACGCUUGCCAUCUCGAACACGCUGCACGUACACUCCGGGUACCAUCUACCGUUUCUGCCCAGCCCCGAGCAGCACGAUUUUCAUCAUCUCAAGUUUAACCAGUGCUACGGGGUGCUCGGGGUGCUGGACUGGCUGCACGGUACGAACGAUCUGUUCUACCGGUCGAAGCAGGCCAAGCGGGACUACAUACUGACGACGCUCGAGCCGGUUCGCCAGACCUAUCCGGACUCCUAAUGAUACUAACUGACCUAUUAUACUUGUUAUGUACCAAUUAAUAGUAAUAAUAUAAUCUAGCACAAUGCCUACGCACCGGUACGCAAUUGUGUCACGAUUGUAUACUGUAGCAGCUUAUCCGCCGAAAUGCCUGGAGCUACCGAAUUUUUGGCGAAUUUUGCUAUCGGUUACAAAAAUCCAUUGGCCACACAUUUUGGGUACAAACAACGUGACAAACGCUACGGACCAUGUUGUUGGAUUUAAAUACAACCUUCUUAAGAACAUUGGA